AAGACUAUUAUUAAAAUUUUGCCCCUCCGAUUAAUUUCAACCCACAUUAACUCCGGUCUAUUUCAUCUUCUUCAUCAUCAUCUUGCUCCCGGAAAAAAAAAUCCUUUCUUUAACAACUAUGAACUCCUGAGAUCCGAUUAGAUCUGGUCAUAUUACUCCCCAAUCCGUCUCUGAAAUUCCCAUUUACGCUGUCUACAUCUGUUUAUUUACAUGUAUUGAUCGAUUCUUCUUUCAAUUUCUCCAACAACAAGAUUUUGAACUUUCAUUUGUUUUCUCUCUGGGGUUCCUUAAAUUUCCGGCUUGAUUUCUCCUUUCUGAGAUGGAAUGUGCAGGAUCGUAAGCUAGGGUUUUGAAAAGAUUCGAUUUUUGUUUGUUUUGUUUUGUUUUGGUGAGGGACUAGGUUUUUGACCUCGGAGUGUAUGAGGAUUUGGUGCUGCCUAUGCAUUAUCGACGAGGAAGAGGACGAUAAUCGUCGUGAAGAAACCAUGAAGGAGGGGUUUUUAGCCAAUGUUGACGGUUUUGAGGGUAAUUUUGUGAAUGAAGACGACGAAGGUGACCACGAGGAGCGAGAGAAAGAAGGGGAGAGAGGGGGGGAGGAAGAAGAAGCUCCCUACGCUGUCGCCAGUGCCGCGGCGGCUCAAUUUUCUUUAACCCUAGGCAGACGAAGGCAGGGUGAAGAGACGUCGUUGUUUGAAGAAAUGGUGUCAGCCAUGAGAUGCGGUGGGAACUGGGAUGAUGCUACGUGGCGCCCUUUGAAUCGAUGCUUGUUUCUUUCCGAAGGUGACAGUAGCGCCUCCGCUUCCACCGCGAUUGAAGAUUGUGACAACCACGAUUUGAACCAUAAGCGAGCCAAAGUGUACUCUGGUUUCCACGAGAGCACGUCUACGGGUAGAGAUUAUAAUAUUAACCAAGGCUCAUCAAAUUCAUCUAAUAAUGGGAUAUUUGAUCACAAUUUCAUUUUGAAUGAUGGGAAUCCUUCUAGUGGAAAUGGUGACAUGGAUGAGAAACAUGAGGAUGAUUUGAUGGUGGAAGAUUUUGAAACCCGGAUGGAUCUGACCGAUGACUUGUUGCAUAUGGUGUUCUCUUUCCUGGACCAUUGCAAUCUUUGCCAUGCUGCUAUGGUUUGUAGGCAGUGGCGAGCGGCUAGUGCUCAUGAGGAUUUUUGGAGGUGUUUGAAUUUUGAAAACCGGAAUAUAUCCCUUGAACAACUUGAGGACAUCUGUCAACGAUAUCCGAAUGCCUCUGAAGUGAAUCUCAGUGGCACUCGUAAUAUGCACCUGCUAGUUAUGAGGGCUGUCUCUUCAUUACGAAAUCUCGAGGCUUUAACAUUGGGAAGAGGCCAACUAGGGGAUGCUUUUUUCCAUGCAUUGGUAGAAUGUAGUAUGUUACGGAGUUUGGAUGUGAAUGAUGCUAUUCUCGGCAAUGGUGUUCAAGAAAUACCUAUUAACCAUGAUAGAUUGUGUGAUCUGAAAGUAACAAAAUGCCGUGUGAUGCGUCUAUCUAUCAGGUGUCCACAGCUAAAAAGUUUGUCUCUGAAACGUAGUAAUAUGGCUCAGGUGGCCCUGAAUUGCCCUCUUUUAAACCUGCUCGACAUAAGCUCAUGCCACAAACUUACAGAUGCUGCAAUUCGCUCGACAGUGACUUCUUGCCCCCAAUUAGAGUCUUUAGACAUGUCGAAUUGUUCUUGUGUUAGUGAUGAUACAUUGCGCGAGAUAGCUCACAGUUGUGCUAAUCUCCAUGUUUUGAAUUCUUCUUAUUGUCCCAACAUAUCACUUGAGUCUGUAAGAUUGCCGAUGUUAACAGUUCUUAAACUUGACAACUGUGAGGGUAUCACAUCUGCCUCAAUGGCUGCAAUAGCUCAUAGUUAUAUGUUGGAGGAGUUGGAGCUUGAUAAUUGCCACAUGUUAACGUCAGUGUCAUUGGAUCUUCCUCGUUUGCAGAAAAUUCGAUUGGUUCACUGUCGAAAAUUUGCUGACUUAAAUGUACAGUGUUCCAUGCUAUCAUCUGUGAUGGUGUCCAAUUGCACUGCUCUCCAUCAUAUUAGCAUCAGUUCAAAUUCACUUCAAAAAUUAGCAUUGCAGAAGCAGGAAAAUUUGACAAUGUUGGCACUGCAAUGUCAAUGUUUGCAAGAAGUUGACCUAACAGAUUGUGCAUCUUUGACAAAUUUUAUAUGCAAUGUAUUUAGUGAUGGUGGUGGUUGCCCUAUGCUAAAAUCAUUAGUUCUGGAUAAUUGUGAGAGCUUGACAGCAGUGCAGUUAUUCAGUACAUCUUUAGUCGGUCUUUCUCUGGUUGGCUGUCGUGCUAUCACUUCUCUGGAUCUUGCAUGUCCUUUUCUUGAGAAAAUUUGCCUAGAUGGUUGUGAUCAUCUUGAAAGAGCAUCGUUUUGCCCUGCUGCUCUUCGGUCACUUAAUCUCGGAAUAUGCCCAAAAUUGAACACACUAAGAAUUGAUGCUCCAUAUAUGGUGUCGCUUGAGUUGAAAGGAUGUGGUGUAUUAUCUGAAGCAUCAAUAAAUUGUCCUCUAUUGACAUCACUUGAUGCUUCCUUUUGCAGCCAACUCAAGGACGUUUUCUUGUCUGCAACCACUGUUUCCUGCCCUCUGAUUGAGUCAUUAAUAUUGAUGUCAUGCCCAUCUAUUGGUUCUGAUGGUCUUUUCUCUUUGAGCCGGCUUCCAAAUUUAACUACACUUGAUUUAUCAUAUACCUUUUUGACGAAUUUGCAGCCGGUUUUUGAGUCUUGUUUGCAGCUGAAGGUGUUAAAAUUACAAGCAUGCAAAUAUCUGGCCGAUUCAUCACUGGAGCCUCUUUACAAGGAAGGUGCUUUACGAGAACUCCGGGAUUUGGACUUGUCAUAUGGUACCCUGUGCCAGUCUGCCAUAGAUGAGCUUCUUGCUUAUUGCACACAUCUUACCCAUGUGAGCUUGAAUGGAUGUAUAAAUAUGCAUGACCUGAAUUGGGGUUCUACUGGUUGUGGGUUCGAGUCACUUGGCAUACAUAGUGGAUCUAGCAUGUUUUCUUUAGAGAACCUCAAUGAGCUGAUCGAGCAACCAAACCGUUUACUGCAGAACCUCAAUUGUGUAGGUUGUCCAAAUAUUAGGAAAGUGCUCAUCCCACUAGCUGCACGUUAUUUCCAUUUGUCAUCCCUAAAUCUUUCUUUGUCAGCCAAUUUGAAGGAAGUUGACCUCGCAUGUUACAGUUUGUCCUUUCUUAAUUUAAGCAAUUGUAGCUCCUUGGAAGUUUUGAAGCUGGGAUGUCCUAAACUGACCAGUCUGUUUCUUCAGUCUUGCAACAUCGAGGAGGAAACAGUCGAAACUUCUAUAUCGGAGUGUAGCAUGCUGGAGACUUUGGAUGUUCGCUUUUGUCCAAAGAUUUGCUCGAUGAACAUGGGGAGGUUGCGAGCGAUUUGUCCGAGUUUGAAGCGAAUAUUCAGUAGCUUGUCACCUGCAUGAUGGGAUUGUCAUGAAGAAAAUGUAUUUCCCUUUUGGUAGCAACGGCUUGGUGUUUUGGUUAUGGUAGGCUCUGCUUGUUUGUAAAUGGUAAUUAUCCUUUCCAGAUUGUUUUGAAUAUAUAUAAAUAUAAAAGUUAUACAUGUAGGUACUUGA